CUCGGGAGAUACCCAGACACUGCCUCCAGGAAGCUGCUUCAGGCCGUUACUAUGGUGACCAGGAUACGCGCUCCCUGGCAACCAGCAUCCUCUGGAUCCCCGGGUAAUGGAGGAGCCUGAGCAAGUUACCGGGCUAACGGAGAGUCAGCUGGCUGGGAGUGAGGGCAAGCAUAUAAAUGAAGACGGCUCUGGUGAUACGGGCCGGGACACGAUAGAGGAUCCGCUGAGCCCUGGACCCGAGCGGCCCCCAAACCCCUGGGGCUCAGACUGGAGCUUUUUGGUCUCCAGCUCCACGUACAAGCAGAGGAGCGAGGAGUUCCGCAGGCUGUUCAAGGAGCUGCCAGACUUUGAGAAGCUGAUCGUAGAUUACGCCUGCGCUCUACAGAGAGACAUCUUACUCCAGGGCCGGCUCUUCCUCUCCGAAAACUGGAUCUGCUUCCACAGCAACAUCUUCGGAUGGGAAACCUCGAUAUGCCUGAACCUCAGAGAUGUCACCUCGAUGACCAAGGAGAAGACGGCUCGGCUUAUACCCAACGCCAUCCAGAUCAGCACCGAGAACGAGAAGUUCUUCCUCACGUCCUUCGCUGCCAGAGACCGGAGCUUCUUAAACCUGUUCCGGAUGUGGCAGAACGUCCUCCUGGAUAAGACUUUGACCAAGAAGGAGUUCUGGCAGCUGGUCCAGCAGAGUUAUGGCAGCGAGCUGGGCCUGAAUAAUGACGAGAUGGAAAACCUGUCGCUGCCAGCGGAGGAGGACGGGCAGCCCCGGGCUGUGGGCCGGACAAGCAACGAAGAUCUAGCAGAAAGGGCAGAAAAAGCACGGAAGGGUAAUUCCGCCCCACGGGAGGGCAUUUCUCAGACGGAGAUGGAUUCGCCCAGCAUGAAUUUCCUGCAAAUGAUCUCCUCGCAGGCGGUGACUGAAGGGGACAAGAACGGCACCAGAAGCCCCAACCUGGACUCGGAGAGGAAGGGCAGCCUCAGAGCGAGCGUCCGGCCCUCGGCCCUGGCCCUGGACUUAAAUGGAAAUGAGAACCAGCAGGCAGGCGGGAGCAGCUGCUCCGAGUCCCCCGACGAAGAUGAUGAGAAAUUAAUCGUCGAUCAAAUCGAAGGCAGAUUAUACAUCAAUCGCGUCUUCCUCAUGAGUGCCGAGAAAAUGUUCCAGACGCUGUUCACUCAGUCCCAAUUUAUACAGAAGUUCUUGGCAACGAGGAAGGUGUUCGACGUGGACUUCUCCGCGUGGCAGCCGGACGGCUCGGGCAAUCAGACCAGAACGGGGACGUACACCAUCACCAUCAACAACCCGCUGAUAGGGAAGUUCACGACCGCCACGGAUAAGCAGACCCUGCUGAAGGAGAGCCGGGAGGGCCAGUCGUACUCCGUGCAGACGGAGGUCGUCACCCACGACGUGCCGUAUAACGACUACUUCUACUCCAUGCACAAGUACUUCAUCACCAGGAUCUCCAAGCACAAGUGCCGGCUGCGGAUUUGCUCUGAUCUGAAGUACAGGAAGCAGCCGUGGGGAUUGAUCAAGACGUUCAUCGAGAGGAACUCCUGGAGCGGGCUGGACGAUUACUACAAACAGUUAGAAAGCGAUCUCCUGGCGGAGGAAACGUUGAAUCCUUCCGCGACCGACCCCAACAAAUCCGCCGGCCUUCGGAGACGGAGACGCAAUCACCGGCGCGGCUCCGGGGAUCCCCUGACCAAACACGGCACCAGGAACGACCUCUCCGACUUGGGACUGUAUACCCGGGACGAGCGCGCAGGGAAGAGGAGAGAUCCUGGGAGGCGGAACUCGCUGAUCAUUCUGCUGAUGAGCUUCUUUCUGCUGUUGCUUGUCUUGUUGAACCUCACCCUGUUUCUCAAGCUGUCUAAGAUUGAACAGGCGGCCCAGACGAUCUACCAAGAUCACCUGCGGCGAGAUAUCACGGCCAGUCUUCUGUCCAUCACUCUGUCCCCCAGGCCGUAUUACCAAGGGAACAAGGGCCCGGACUUCAGCGCUGGGCUGAAGGGCGUUCUCCAGGACUCCAUCACGACCCUAGAGCAGCUCAAGGACUCUCUCCUGCUGCUCCAGAAAAGUUUCGACCUUCUGACCAAGACGUCGGGCGAGGCGGCCGCCGACAGUUAGCGACUCCGGAUCUCAUCAUCCCGAAGAGUCCGCGGCGCCCCGGCUGGCCCCGAGCACCUCGACCGUGCGCUCUCCCCCCCCGAGCGGCCUGGGGCUAUGAAACGGCACAGGAAGGGAAUCCAUGGUU